AUGACGCAACCACCACCUUCUACACCCACGCCUCGCCGAUUCCUCCUCUCAAAGCGACCCCCGGCAUCGCAACAGCAAACCCCUGGCAGCGGACCCCAGGUCUUCACCGGCAGCCAGCGUUUCCAGACGACGCCGCGCUUCGCCCCUACGUCGGCAACACAGCGGCCGCCUUCGACACCCGUGUUCCCAGGGACUCUUCGGCCGUCGAGAAGCAGGGACCCCAUUCACGAUGCCUUGGACAGCUCUCCGCCGGCUGCGCCAGCCUCAGCGACGCGGUCGGCACUAGGUGCCGGGACGCAAAGGCAUAAAAACAGGAUCGAGAUCGACUCCGAUAUCGAGAGCGAAUCUCAACACGAGCAAGAGGAGCAUCUUCCGCCACCGGCCACCUUUAGGUCGUUUGACUCCAUCGAGGUCGAAUCUGAGCCGCCUAGUGCGCUGCAAAGCGAAAUCGAGGAGAGAACGCCGAAAAGGAGGCGGAUAUCGAUCUCGCCGGCGCCGAGCUGGUACGAUGACGCCGAGGAAGAUGUGGACAUGAUUCUCCACGAUGAGCGCGCUGUGAAAGGCUCGGGAAAUGAGGACGAGGACGAGGAACUACCCGACGCCAAAGACGAACACCCACCCGAUUCAGAUGCGCCAAACGGAGAUGAGGAGGACCUGGGCACCCCCGACCGGCACGAGAGAGGCGCGCCGAAAACGCAGCCGACUUUCCACCGAGCGCCGCGGUUCAAAAUCUCUGAAGCCGAGGCGGCUCGCCAAGAGGGCCUGCCGCCAGCCUUCUCGCCGCAGAGGCGCGGCGCAAAGUAUGUCGCCGGAGGGCUCGCGGCGGAGUUGCAAGCCUGGCUCGCCGAGGUUAAAGGCUGGACCGGCAGCGACCGGCCGGCGGACCUGGUCAUGACCAUUGUCGUCGACGAGCUGCGCGCCGGGAACCGGAUGUACCUCAUCAGGGGACGGAGGAUUGUGGAGAGCGAGGGGACGAACGAGGAGAUCGCCGCGAGGCUCAUGUUGGCUGGUGAGGGGAGGCUGACGGGGCUGGGACAGAAGGCGUCUGUCGUCGUCGGGAGCACGAUCGCGAUCUCUCAGCCUGCGUGGGAGGUCGAGCUUGAAGGAACACGGUGGAUAGUUGCGUGCGACUGGUCAGUCUCGUAG